CCGUUCCGGGUGAGCUAGCGCUGGACCGAAGUCGCUCCCUUUACCUUUCCGGGUGCAGGCAGCGAAGGGCCGCGGAGGGGGAGAGGUGUCCCGCAGCCCUGGGCCUCAUCCCGCGGGAAAGGGCUUGCGCCGCACACAACCGAGCGUUGCACGGGAACGGAGCGGAGCCGGGCUUCUGCCUUUUUUUCCAGGUCCGCCGUUGCCGGGGAGAGGUUUUAGGCUGGGAUUCAACUAAUUCACACCAGCAAGACAAGCGCCUGAAUCAGCCGCAUUAUCUCUGCCCGGCUCAAGCGCACAAAGGAUGGGAGCGGGCUGAGCACCGCCGCCGUGCUUUGCAUGUGAGAGCCCCUUCCACCGCCCACCGCCCCCCGCCGCCCGCGGCCCUUUUUUGGCUGCGCGCCGCCGGGCGCAAGAGCCCUGUUUGCAGAAGCGAUGCCUCGCUUAACAUCACAAAAGCCUUCGCCCAAGCGCCGGGGCGCUGCCGAAGCCGACGUGCCGACGCGGAGGCAAUGAGCCGGCGGCGCCGCGCUGGUGCACACGGACACGCACGGGCGCUCGCUAGCCUCCGCGUUGCCGCUUCGGGUCUCAGCCUGCGGGACGAGACCGACUCCGUGAGUAUGCCACCCCGGCCAGUCGGAAAUACCGAGCAAGCCCAAGCUCUUACUCGUUUCCGAAGCUGCACACCGAACUCAGCCGCAGCUGUUGUUUUAGGGGGAAAGCGCUGUUUAGGUGCUAAGUAAACACUGCGCUGUGCGGAGGAGUGACCUCAGGGCCGCUGUGUUCGAGCUCAUCCAGCUGCCCAAGCAGAUUUUUUUUUUUCUUUAUGUGUGUUCACCCACGCGGCGCAGCCGGGGGAUGCCUUGGCUACGUGUUUCACCCAGCUGGGCUCCGAGAAACCAAACGUGGGAGCUCGGAAGAGGCUCUAGCUCUGAGCAGAGGUAAAGCAAGACGCGUGGCUGAGAUCUCUAGAUCCCAGGUGAUCGAUAGCUUUAAAAAUGGCUUUUCACCACCUGUAAACCAUAUGGAGGAGCAGUUUUCUGAAAAGGUUCGCAAUGUGCUUGGCCGCAGGCUUUCUCCAUCUCUGUUUUUCUUGGCAUUCGCACGGUUUUCCUCGUCCUCUCGCUACGAGGACUUGGUGACCUUAGCAAUUGCCAGCAAGGGGACUCCAUAUGAUGAAAGCAGGCGAAAGGGAAAAUAAGGGCGGGAACUGGGUACGGCCAAUUCAUAGCUCGGAGGAGGUGUGGUCCGGUUGUGUACCUGGCUGCGCUCGCAGUCUUGUGAAAUAUAAAAGGAGAAGGCGGUCGUUGCUCAAGCAGUUCGCUGCCAGGAUCCUGCAGCGAGAAGGAAGGGAGGUGCUGGGAGCAAUGCGGGGUGACAAGCCUGGCGGAGCGGCUGCGAAGGGCUCGGGCGGCGCCGGUGGGGCCGAGCGUGAGGCUGCCGCUGGCCCUGCUCCGUAGGGCCGGUCCCGGGCUGCGGCCGCGUGGUAGCCCCGCUCCCUCGCCCAGCAGGCCGGCUCGGGCGGAGGAAGGAGCCGGCAUGUCCCGCGGAAGAGCGGCAGCGCGUGAAGCUGCCCAGCCCCAUGACCGGGGCUGGGCCUGGAUGGUCCUGGUCGCCGCGGUGGUGCUGCAGGGGCUGACGCUGGGCUUCCCCUCCUGCAUCGGCGUCUUCUUCACGGACCUCCAGCACGAGUUCCAGGCCACCAACAGCGAGACGUCGUGGUUCCCCUCCAUCAUGGUGGCCGUGCUGCACGCCGGCGGGCCCCUCUGCAGCUUUCUGGUUAAGCGAUUUGGCUGCAGGUUUACUGUGAUGCUGGGAGGCCUGCUCAGCGGAGCGGGCAUGGUGUCCAGCUCCUUCUGCAAGUCCCUCAGCCAGCUUUACAUAACUGCCGGCUUCAUCACUGGUCUGGGAUCAUGUUUUGGCUUCCAGGCAGGAGUGACUGCGUUGGGCUACUACUUUGUACGGUGGCGAACCUUGGCCAAUGCCAUGGCAUCCACGGGUGUCUCCCUCGGUUUCACACUGUGGCCACUGCUUUCUCAGUACUUGCUGGAUGACAUGGGCUGGAGAAACACUUUUCUCAUCUUUGGAGGAAUACUAUUCAACUGUUGCGUUUGUGGAGCCAUUAUGAGACCAGUUCAGCUUGCAUCUCAAUCAUUUCUACAGCCAGCCAGGCCUGGGGAGGAGCCAGGGAGAGAAGCAGAAGAGGCACAGCUGGCCAACGGAGGAUCUUCUCCCCACCCAGAGAUCCAGCAGCAAGCCAGGCCUACAUGCUUCCGGAUGUUGCACAAGUACUUGGCUUUUGACAUCUUCUGCCAAAACAAAGGUUACCAGAUUUAUACUAUUGGAGUGAGCUGGAUGAUGUUGGGUUUUGCAUUACCCCACAUCUACCUCAUGCCUUAUGCCAUCCACAGUGGGGUGGAGGAACGCAGGGCAGCUCUCCUCGUCUCCAUUAUCGGGUUCAUCAACAUCUUCAUACGCCCUUUGACAGGGCUGCUCUCAGGACUCAGUGUCUUCACAGGCAGACGUAUCUACCUGUUCAGCCUGGCUGCACUCCUCUGCGGGCUGAGCAAUUUCAUUUGUGUCAUUUCAGCCAAGUUCAGUGUGCUCAUCAUCUACUGCAUCAUCACCAGCAUAGCCAUGAGUGGCAUCGGGGCGCUCGUCUUCCAGGUGCUGAUGGAUGUGGUGCAGAUGGAAAGGUUCUCAAGUGCUUUAGGGCUCUUCACCAUCCUGGAGAGCAUCACUCUCCUCAUUGGACCUCCUCUCACAGGUCUCCUGGUGGACAUAACUAGCAAUUUCCACUGUGUCUUCUAUACCUCCAGUUUUUUCCUGAUAUCGGCUGCAUUAUUCAUGGUGCUCAGCUUCUGUGCUCUGGAAAGAAAAAGCAAAUCAAAAGAGGCCUCAAAAGUACCUUUGGAUAAUCCCUCCAGAUGUCAAUACAAUGAAAUACUAACUGAACCACAGUCUGAAAGACAAUCCCCUCCUGCAGUCAUCUACAUCACAAGCAUAUGAAAAGAAAAAAAAAAAGAGAGGAACCCAAUUAUGUGGCCAGUACAAAGCUACACAAGGCCCAACACUGACAGCAGAGAAAACUGACUGCUUUCCACAAUUACUGUCCCUUCUGUCCUGCACUCCCACUCAAUGGGGCCAUCGUGGACUCCAUGCGAGCAAUCCGGAUUCGAGGCUCAGCCUAAAACUCAGCAUCAACCAAAAGACAUACAGAACUACGCAUUCCUGAAGCAAACCAUGGGAUAACGACCAUGGGAGCUGGUUCUGAGAGACAAAAGCUCUGUCGAUUCAAUUGGUUUAAGUCCGAGUCUUUAAGCGGUCACUGGAAUUUCAUAUACACGUUUCAGUUGCUAACACUGGAAAAUACAUAUUAAUGGCUAUACACAAGGUUGAUUUUUUUCACAAACAGGUAUUACUUGGUCCUAGAAAAGUUAAACAUAGUCAGUAGACUUGCCUAGUCUGAACAUGCCAUUUUGGUGCAGACUCACAUGAAGUUUCCUGGUUGCUUCCCACAUGGGGCAGGGGGAGGAAAAGACGAACACCUCCCACGGGAAGUGUGUUAUUAUUUCCUGCAUCUCUAAAUACUAUAUGGAUGCUGCUGUAUGGGUUGCCGAACUCAGGCAAGUCUCUAGCAAGACCAAAUAUUCUUUCUUACAAUGUUUGCGUGAUUUCUUCAUUUCACAGACAUUUACAAAGACCCAAAGGUUCAACUCCAAAGCAUCAAAAAAAAAAAAACCCCAACAAAUCUUAGAGUGCCUGUAAUUUUAUAGCUAGUGAUAUCUCAAAUAUCCUGAUGUGUCACAAAAUGGUAUUCAUGGUUCAUAGCUUCUGUAAAUACACUUCCUUCCAGCAUUCACUGUGGGGGGGAGGGGGGCACACGGACAUUAGACCUGAGAAUUGUAUGCAUCCUUAUAUAGGCCCAAAUUCAAAGCCAUUGUAGCAUUCACAUUUCCCCCUUGUGCAAAUUAAUUUAACUCUUUAGCUCAGGCCUUAGACUCUCAGCCCUAGUUACACCAGCAUUCUCAUUACAGAGAAGUUUGCACAAGCAUAACUUACCUGUCAAAAAGAAAUCAGUGCGGAAAAAUACACUGAGAGAAGUCAGUGUUAACUCUCAUAUCUAUAUAGUCUCUUGACUUUAGGUGGCUUUUCUGGCUACAGUCCCAAGAGUUACGCACAUAAGUAUUAACAUACGAGUUGCAUCAGCUUCUAGCUUCUCUCAGGAUCAGCUCCAGUUGCAAAACCAUUUAUAUUCUGUAUCAUUUUUGAUCUGACAUAAGCAGAUAGCUCACAAAGCACUGGAGCGGAAGACUGCAAAGCCAUCUGAAAAAUGGAAGCAUAAAAUAUGAGUGAAAUGGAAGAAGCAACAGCUUUCAACUCAACUUUAGUGCUUAUCUUGAGAACUGUUAUGUCAAACUCCUAGCAACAAAACCAGUUUUCAUUAGAACUGUGGGCUUCUCAGCCAAAAAAAACACUGAAAAAAACCACUGGAAAAGUGACUCCAAGGCUUUCCAAGACAAUGACAGCUUCACAGUUAGCCAUUACAGUAAGGGGUAUCAGUCCCUCAGAACAGUUCCUGUUUCCACAGCUCACCAGUAUCCAUUUCAGUAGUGGUCUAGGAUUACUGAACCAGUAACGCUUCACUUUUCCUCAUCAAACAUACACUUAAAUACGACGACUGGUGGGAGACAUAUAUAUCCAAUCUCUAGUCACAUAUGUUUAACUUCUGUAAAGCUUAAAUAGUCCAUAACCGCACAGUAAACAGGGACUGGUGCCUCUCAGCUUACCAAAGCAAUGCCUGCUGUACUUUCCUAGGAAAAACUGGGGCUUUCCUCUUCUCAUCAAAACAAAUCAAUGAGAAGGAAUCAAGUCUCCAACCUGUUCUAGCUAUUACAAACAAAAGAGCUAGGCAGCUGAACAGGUUGCCACUCUUUCUGUAUGCAAUUCUUAAAUUUUAAAAGUCUGUUCACCCCUUUACCUACCCUUUCCAUUU